AUGGGCAUUGCAGCCUUAGAAGAUCGCCAUUUUAAUUAUGCAUUAAAGUCUACCAAUGACGACGUCGAUCAAGCCAUCAAUUUACUGUUGUUACUCGAGGACUCGAUUGAGGGAAUUAUCAGGAAUUACACACCAAGUACCAAACUCCUGGGCGCGGAAAAUCGCCAGGGUGUCACCUGCUAUCUGGACGCUCUUUUGUUCGCCAUGUUCGCCCGUCUUGAUUGCUUUGAGGCGAUCUUGUACAAGUCAUUCAAUGAUGAGCCACGCCGCAAGCUCGUCAUUCUCUUGAGAUUCUGGGUCAAUAUGCUACGGUCCGGGAGAUUGAUUACAACCGAUAUUGCUAACUAUUUAAUCCAGACAAAACACAUACAGGAUGCUCUGGCCGAAUGUGGCUGGAAAGAUGCAGCCAUGCUUCGACAGCAGGAUGCCUCCGAGGCUUUCACUUUCAUCACAGAAAAGCUAGAAUUACCAUUGCUUACUCUUAAAAUGGACAUCUACCAUUUUGGGAAGGAAGAUGCCAGCGACGAUCACAAAUUCAUCAACGAACGUCUGCUGGAAGUUGCGAUUCCACCAGAGCCUACUGAUGGGCAGACACUUACACUCGAAGACUGCCUGGAAGCCUAUUUCAACAACAGGAUCGAAGUGAAGCGAGAUCUGGUACGACGAAACACAGCUAGCUCCGCUCGAUCGGUGGACUCGAUGUCCAUCUCGAAAGGGUUCACAGCUCAUGUGGAAGAAGUUGAGAUAACGCCAACAAUGACUCCUGUCCAAUCUUCUCAAUCCGAUUCGCCUCGACUUGAGAAACCAAGUCCAUGGUCUUCUUUUUCGGAAUUCAGUGAAUCUCUAUCAUCACGAAGAAUCGGCCGACGGGACAGUCUAGUUCGUGAGCGGUUUGUUCCAGACUCGGAGGAUACCCCAGGUACCGCAGAUUCAUCUACCUCAGAAAAUGCGCCUCAACGAAGGGGUAUUUACAGAAAAGAGGUGAUGAUGCCCGCAUGGCAAUUCUUCAGCCUGAUACCAUGGUAUACUGACAAUACGCCAACCAAUGACGCUCAAGUUGCGGCACACUUCUCUUCCAAGAGGCCUAUUCUGGGCAUGUGCUUGAAACGAUAUUCAUUCCUCCCAAAUGGAAAAGCCAUUCGGCUGAAUACAUACGUUGAUAUCCCAACUGAAAUCGGCUUGCCUCACUUCAUUCAGGAUGAUAAUCUCGACGCAAAUGCCCCGAUUUACGGGAACUUCAAACUCUCCUUGCAAGCGAUGGUCUGCCACCGGGGAAAUUCAGUUGAUUCUGGGCACUACAUUUCUAUUGUUCGAGGCACUAGUUCUAACAUCGCUCCUCCGGGCUCUAGUGAUAGCUCAGGUCACAUCACUACUGAAACCCCGAAACACUGGAUGCGCUUUGAUGACUUGGCUCAGGAACGGGUGACUCUGAUUGACAUUGAUCAAGCGCUGAAAACAGAGUCACCUUAUCUCCUAUUUUACCAGAUUCUCCCCAUUGACCAGGAUGCAUCUAUGGCGAACUAUCUAAGCCACCCCCCAUCCUCCCAGGCCUCUGAUGCUACGCUCGAUGUGGAUAUCGCAGAAUUAGCUAAGAAGUUCACAACGCAGAACAUCGAGGAGAUGACAGACGGUAGUAUUACUGAGGAUGGAUGGUCUGGCCGACCCAGUGUUGAAAUAACCGCACCAGACAAUAUUCCCCAACUCCCAGUCACUGGUGGGCGACCGAGUAGCAUUGCCUUUUCCGAAGCCAGCUUCAAUCCUCCUCAGACUCCCCGAUCAAUGCCCGCUUCAUCACCACGACUAGCCCCCAUGGAAGAGGAUGGCGGCAAAGGAUUUCCCUUCCCGCGACGGGGAUCUCGUACUGCAACCACGAAAAGCAACUCCGGAAGUCGUGCUGGUAGCCAGUCCGGUGAGAAUCGAAUUGGCGCAACUUUCUCUCGAUUCGCCACCCGACUCAGUAAAGACAGAUUCACUAUCGACAGUGAGGGCGAGGCUGAAGAGUCCGCUCUCGAAGUGGAUGAGCCCGUCCUUGAAGAUGGCAAGCCGGGACCACCUCAGGCAGCUGAAGGUAAAGAGAGAAGUUUACGAGGACGCACUAAAGAUCGUGGUAUGAAAGGAAAGAACAAAGAGAAAUCGAAGGAAAAGGUCCGCAAGCCAGAGCGGGAAUGCAUUAUGAUGUAG